UUGGCUGGAAUUCAGCGGCCGCCCACCCCGUGGUGCGGUCUUGCGGGCGCUGGUGAAGGGAGCUUCGCGGCCGGCAGAGUGAGAGUAGCUGCUGCGUUCCUGGCCACCUUCGUCCGCGUUACAACAGUACGGCCAUGGCAGAACCGCAGCCCGCGUCCGGCGGCCUUACCGAUGAGGCCGCCCUCGGCUGCUGCAAAGACCCGGACCCCAGCACCAAGGAUUUUCUCUUGCAGCAGACCAUGCUGCGAAUUAAGGAUCCUAAGAAGUCAUUGGACUUUUAUACUAGAAUUCUUGGAAUGACACUACUCCAAAAAUUAGAUUUUCCCACUAUGAAAUUUUCACUCUAUUUCCUGGCUUAUGAGGAUAAAAAUGACAUCCCAAAAGAUAAAGAUGAAAGAGUAGCAUGGGCAUUCUCCAGAAAAGCUACACUUGAACUGACACACAAUUGGGGCACUGAAGAUGAUGAGGCCCAGAGUUACCACAGUGGCAAUUCAGACCCUCGGGGAUUUGGUCACAUUGGAAUUGCUGUUCCUGAUGUUCACGGUGCUUGUAAAAGAUUUGAAGAACUGGGAGUCAAAUUUGUGAAGAAACCUGAUGAUGGUAAAAUGAAAGGCCUGGCAUUUAUUCAAGAUCCUGAUGGCUACUGGAUUGAAAUUUUGAAUCCUAACAAAAUGAUAACUAUUAUUUAGUUCUGUGAGAAUGCUGCUUUGAGAUUUCAGUGAAGACAUUGUGGAAGGUAAAAAAGGAGACAAUGUGAUUCAAGAUAUUCAUUUAACAGAAGCAACUAAGACUGAUGGAUUAUUGUCUCAAUUCAAAUUGUUCUUAAGUCUAUUUCCCUUUCCUAUUUCAGCUAUGUUUUUCACCUAACUGUUCAGUCAUUCUAGUUUUAAAGUAGUGCUUUGUCUUAUGUCCUUGAAUGUAGUUGUAUAACUACUUUUUUAGGCAAUAAUUAGAACAAUUCUGUUCAGAGGCUGCAUUUUGCCUUCUAUCUUCUGACGAGAUACAAGUCUACAAGUCUGCCUUUGAAUCAUCAUUUAAAAAAAAAAAAAAAUAUGUUUUGUUGUGAUUACUUUCUGAGGUUUCAGUUCCUCAGAAGUAACUUCAGAAUGGGAAGUAAAGAACCCCAAACAAAAAUGAAGCUUCAUGUAUAUUUCAAAUAGUAUAAAGUUUAUUCUACAAAAGAAAAGUUACUCUUGGGAGAAAUUCAGAAUUAUGCUGACAAGGAUGUGGAUAGAAAAACUAAUUUCUUCUCGUUACAAAGUACUUUGAAAGUUGAAGGACUAACCUCUUUAUUUUGGGAUGGGGAAGAGGAUGGGAAUAUUACAUACUGGGUAUGCAGAUACGGACUAGGCUGUCACAUACUUCAUCUCCCUUAAUCCUCCACAGUAUCCUGUGAGAUAGAAAGUAGGCUGGACAUGCAAAAUAACUUUAAUGAAUCCAAGGCAAUAUAAAUAGGCUAAGGACUCAAGAUCUCAUCAUCAUUUUUAGUAUUUAGAUUAUACCUCAAAAAUUAGUACCUUGGGGCUUCCCUGGUGGCGCUGUGGUUGAGAAUCUGCCUGCCAAUGCAGGGGACACGGGUUCAAGCCCUGGUUUGGGAAGAUCCUACAUGCCACGGAGCAACUAAGACCGUGUGCCACAGCUACUGAGCCUGCGCUCUACAACCCGUGAGUCACAACUACUGAAGCCUGCGUGCCUAGAGCCCGUGCUCUGCAACAAGAGAAGCCACCGCAAUGAGAAACCCGCGCACAGCAACGAAGAGUGGCCCCUGCUCGCAACUAGAGAAAGCCCGCGUGCAGCAACAAAGACCCAAUGCAGCCAAAAAUAAAAUAAAUAAAAUAAAUAAAUUUAAAAAAAAAUUAGUACCUCACAGUACCUCCUUCACUAGUGUUCUUUGUAAAAACCUUCAAAGAGUUUGAGCAUUGUCCUCUCAGCUUUCGAGCCUGAGUACCACGGUGAGGAAGAAGCAGUGGAGGAAGUCUGGAGCAUGCGGCUGCUCUGGGGAUGCCUGGUUGUCCCUGUGCAAGUGGUGCUUGUGUUUCUUGUGAAGAGCCCCUACCCCAAGGUCUUCCAGAUGCCAGUAAUUAUUUAGGAUAAAUUAUGUUCAGUGAUAACAUAACUUAGUUAUCACAAAUCAGCUCAGUGGUCUUCCCUACCAUGAUUGACAUUUUUUUUUUUAAUUUUUAAAAUUUAUUUAUUUAUGGCUGUGUUGGGUCUUCGUUUCUGUGCGAGGGCUUUCUCUAGUUGUGGCAAGCGGGGGCCACUCUUCAUCGCGGUGUGCAGGCGUCUCACUAUCGCGGCCUCUUGUUGCGGAGCACGGGCUCCAGACGCGCAGGCUCAGUAAUUGUGGCUCACAGGCCCAGUCGCUCCGCGGCACGUGGGAUCUUCCCACACCAGGGCUCGAACGCGUGUGCCUUGCAUUGGCAGGCAGAUUCUCAACCACUGCGCCACCAGGGAAGCCCCAUGAUUGACAUUUGAUAGGUUUUAAAAAACAAACUGAUUUUGAAAAUCUCUUAUGGCACAGAUAAUAAGAACAUCCAGUUUGUGGUUUAACUACAUCUGGAUUUUUUGUGGACUCUAGUGGAAGACCUUUGGAUAGGCCUUGCCAACUGAGCUUACACUGUUAGAAGCACUUUCAUUUCCUUUUUGGAUGGAAUGGAUUUAUGCGAGCAGUUCAAACAAAAAGCAGUACUUAUAGACUAAAGUAAAAUAAAAUUUUAGAAAAGACUGUGUUUAAUUUGUAAACUUCUAUACAACAUGUUCUUUUAAAAAAAAAAAUCUGCCCUUGGGGAGUACUGCAAGGAUUUUUGAAGGGGCUUGCAGACUCAUUGAGAACUGGGAAUAGUUGUAAUUCUAUACAUCAGGCAAAGCACAUAAUUUCUAUGGAUAAGGAAGGGUCGGGAAGAUGAGAAGAGGAAAGUAAAUGGAUAAAGGGUUUUGGUAGAAAAAGUGCAGAGAAGAAGAGAAUACAAAUAUCAAAAAUGAGUCAUGGAAACCAGUGCUGGUACAUUUUGGGUACUAGCAUUACCAAGUGGGAGGGUUAUUAGAUUCAUAAAUUUAGUCAUUUAAACCUUUUUUCCUCAGAAAGAAGCCUUCUCUACUUGCUAAGUAAAACUUGCCAAAAGAUAGCCCUUGCUACUCUUUAAAUCUGAUCCCUGUAUGCACUGAAAAAAAUAUGUAUUGUAUCACUGGGCCUUGCUAGGGAUUAGAACAAUUCACUUCUAAAUUAAUUUAUCUGAGCAGCAGUGACAUGAAAGGGUAAAUUAGAGCACAAGAAGUUUUCUUCUUUUCCAUUAUUGGACAGCCAGACUGUAUAGGUUACUGUUAAUGUAAAAUAAAUCAGUUGCUCAUGAACCCUACAUGAGACUCAGUUAUAAUACAUAUGGUCUGAAUAGGAGCUGAUGAUGGUGAGAGAAUCGCUACGGCUUCCCCAUAUAGCAUUCUGACCAGGACUGCGUACAGUGUAUAUAAAUAUUCCUUGGCAGCACAACUGCCUGUGAAGAGGGUUAUAUCGGUAAAGAUGCAUGCUGCUGACAAUAAGAAAAGACCUGGGCUUCUCUGGUGGCGCAGUGGUUGAGAGUCCGCCUGCCGAUGCAGGGGACACGGGUUCGUGCCCCGGUCCGGGAAGAUCCCACAUGCCGCGGAGCGGCUGGGCCCGUGAGCCAUGGCCGCUGAGCCUGUGCGUCCGGAGCCUGUGCUCUGCAAUGGGAGAGGCCACAACAGUGAGAGGCCCGCGUACCGCAAAAAAAAAAAAAAAAAGUCCUAACUCUAUCAGAUGUAACAAGCACUUCAGAAGUUCUGGAAUUAGUUGAUAGAGGGUUCAGAACUAUCAGGCACUCUGGUUUCCUUCUAUCUUUGCCAAACUGUCAUUCUCAGCAGUUGUUUGGGGGGCUAAUAAUACCUGUGAUCAAAAACGCCUACUAUGAGGACUUCCCUGGUGGCGCAAUGGUUAAGAAUCCGCCUGCCAAUGCAGGGGACACGGGUUCGAGCCCUAGUCCGGAAAGAUCCCACAUGCCGCAGAGCAACUAAGCCCGUGUGCCACAACUACUGAGCCUGCGCUCUAGAACCCGUGAGCCACAACAAAGAGUAGCCCCGGCUCACUGCAACUAGAGAAAGCCCGUGCACAGCAACGAAGACCCAACGCAGCCAACAAUAAAUAAAUAAAUUAAUUAAAAAAAAAAAAAC